AUGAAUACCAAUAAGAGGGAAGAAGUGGAUGAAGGCAUCGAGUUUGAUGGAAAUUUAGACUCCACUCUACCCAAACUGAGUUCAAUGUUGGUCAUAAAAGACACUCCAGGAAACGUUUUAACCAAUCCUCAAUAUACGACAAAGGAUGGUGACUCCCGCCCCAUUAUAUAUCCAACAGAGGUAGAUAUACCGUGUUUGGUGUUCCAUAAGGUUUUUGGUAACUCUGCGACAAGCGAAAGUCAGCCAUCCACAGGCGAGGACUUCGGUAGUUAUUUUAGAAGUUGGAACUCUGAUAUAAUCAGAACGACCGCAACAGAAACUGAAAAAGCAGUAAUAGACGACACAGGUGACACGAGAGAUGGAACAUCUAGCUUCAUAAACGCAGUCCAUGAAGUCAGCAUUGGGAACUCAUGUUUUUCAGACAAUCCCACAAGUACUCAGCUGUCAAACGUUCACCACGUGAUCUCCUCCAGCGGAGAAGAACCUGGACGACCGGAAGUCGUAGAUUUAAAUACAUUAACGCAAGAAUUAGGUGAUUGUAAUGAGACGUUGCAAGAAAUCUAUCAACAAAUACGGGCGGCGUACAACAACAGUGGGGUACCUGAAGAUGAGCGACCAUUGAUUCCAAACAAUGAUUUCAAUUACCCCUCAAACGUAAACGAAAUUUCUCAGUUUGACCCUCAGGUGCCUGACGAGCCUGCGCCAGCCAGCGUGCUACCCCCUUCCCCCACUGCCACGAUAUCGGUAGCCCCUCACAUGCAAGCCCAAUCCACUAGCAUAGCUCCACCCCCUUCAUUGGAACAAACUCCGGAAAAACGAAUUGUCCUGACCUCCGAGGGCGUUUCAUCAGCGACUGUUGAGACUGCGCCAAAGGUUUUGGCUCCCCCUUCUCUAGGACGGACCGUCACCUUGGUAAGCCCGCCCAGAGUUGUUGCCCCGCCCAAAAAGUCGGAAGCUUCGCCCCCUGUGACCACACCCUUGACAACAGGGGAGGAAACUCCUGUGAAGCCGCCUACCCCGAUCUGUGAUGGUUUUGACCUGGCCAGUCUGGAUGAGCCGUCACCAGACACGCCCAGUUCACCCCUGGGCUACAUCCCACAGAUUGGGCGCGCUCCUGACCCCAGUAUUGAUAAAGAGGGCGCUGAACAUCUGCUGAUUAUGAAGGAGAAGCUGCGUCAAGAACGUGAGGAUGCCUCGAAUAUGGAGGAACAGACAAAAAUCUUUAAGCAAGAACAUGAUCAAAUCAAAGGUUCAGAGACAAAUAAACAAAUUUCUCAGUUUGACCCCCAUGUACCUGACGAGCCUGCGCCAGCCAGUGUGCUACCCCCACCCCCCACUGCCACGGUAUCGGUAGCCCCUCCCAUGCAGGCCCAAUCCACUAGCAUAGCUCCACCCCCUUCAUUGGAACAAACUCCGGAAAAACGAAUUGCCCUGACUUCCGAGAUCGUUUCAUCAGCGACUGUUGAGACUGCCCCAACGGUUUUGGCUCCGCCUUCUCUAGAACGGACCGUCACCUUGGUAACUCCGCCAAUUUUAGCCCAAACACCGGGUAGUGUAACCCCUCGGACGGACAUUAACGACAUUCUGAAACAAGCAAGAGUGCAUUCUGCAAAGUUAGUCGAAGAGGAAAAAGUGGAGAAACCUACGCCUCCUCCACCGAGUUCAACGUUAGUCAGAGAAGACACUCCAAGAAACGUCUUAACCAAUCCUCAAUAUACGACAAAGGAUGAUGACUCCCGACCAAUUGUAUAUCCAACCGAGGUAGAUAUACCGUGUUUUUUGUCCGAGAAGGAUUUUGGUGCCUCUGCGACAAGCAAAAGUCAGCUAUCCACAGGCGCGGACUUCAGUAGUUAUUUUAGAAGUUGGAACUCUGAUAUAACUGGAACCACCGCUAAAGAAACCAAAAUAGCAGUUAUAGACAACACAAGCAACACGAGAUUUGGGACAUCUAGCUUCAUAAACGCCACCCAUGAAGUUAGCAUAGGGAACUCAUGUUUUUCAGACAAUCGCUCAAGUACUCAGCUGUCAAACGUUCACCACGUAAUGUCCCCCAGCGGAGAAAUACCUGGACGACCGGAAGUCGUAGAAUUGAAUACAUUAACUCAAGAAUUAGAUGCUCCGACAAGCCAUUUUGACAAGUACAAGAUUGAUGUUGCCGGCCUUCCUGCUUAUACAUACAGUCGAACUUCAAUUCAAGAUAUUGAACGGAAAUGCAGAAAACAUUUAACAAAAACAAGAUUCAGUGAACGUGACAGAGAAGCAUUCCUGUCUAAAGAUGUUUAUCUGUUUACAACUGUGAGACAAUACAACAAGUUUCAGUUUGCCACUUCAAUGGAUUGUCGCAUUGAAAUGAAAGAUAUUGCGAACACAAUUAACUGUACAUAUGCGCCGUGCGUGUUUGUUAUUGAAUAUAAGCAGCUCCGUACCAUUGCCUAUAUUUUCGAAGAACUUCAGGAAAAGGGAUUGGAAUUUUGCGUCUUAAUACUGGGUCAUAAAUCUUGUAUUAACGAUAUGCAAUCUUUACACCAGCGGCUUGUCGCAUUCACUUCGGAAAGUGAUAUGCAAGACGCUGUAGAUGAUCUUCUUGAAAGGUUUUCAUUUUCGGUAUUAAGAAAAUUGAUGGAGCAAAUUGGGAAAGAUACUAACAUUGGCCCGAAUGAAUGCAAGACAGGUGAUAGUAAUGAGACGUUGCAAGAAAUCUAUCAACAAAUACGAGCGGCGUACAACAACAGUGAGGUACCUGAAGAUGAGCGACCAUUGAUUCCAAAAAACGAGUUCAAUUACCCCUCAAACGUAAAUGAAAUCAGCGCUAGAGUUCUUCAAAUACAAGGUGUUUUUGCCUGUUUUAAAAACAACGGGCGACUGAAGAUAUAUAUUGAUAACACAGCUGUAAAAUCUGAAAGUGAGUGUACAAAUGAGGUUAUACAUAUUCUUGCUGUUUGUGGAUUCGAAAAAUACUCGGUCUUUGUCGGUAGUUUGGAGUGUUAUUGGCAAGCCGGUGAUGCCAUUUCGAAUCCUCAGAUUGAGGCUACGUUAGGAGGAUUUGCUAAUAAGUGCAACGGUUUAUCAUCACCUAAAAAACUCUUUCAACAAGAAAGUCAGGUCCAUGCAGAAGAGCCCAUACUUGUAGCUCUAAUAUCUCGCCAUGUAGCUACACAUUUACAGUCUGGUGAUCUCAAAGUGUCCGACAAGAUCCUGGGACAUAUUGAAUAUAUACAUGAUUUGGAUUGGCUCGAUAUCGUUCCAGUUGAUGUCGCUAAGGAAUUGCAAAACGAAUGCGAAACACGGUUUCGAACGGAAGAUGGUAUUUUGAAACAUGCAGAACUAAGCGGGUUUACAUUAGAACAUCGAUCCCCAGUUCACAUUUGGGGAGCAAAAUCGGCACCUGGUUUGGGAUUUCUAUCAGAAUGUGACCCAAGUGAAUCAAAUAAUUACAUGUUUUUUACUAGUCGAUCUGAUGAAUAUGUUUUCUGCGUCCCCGGCGACAGCGGUUCUAUUGUUUGUAGCAGGGACAGAAAAGGCCGAUUGUUUGCAUUAGCAAUCCUUAUUGGUAAAUUUAACCCAUCGAAAAUAAUAGAGCAAUCGCAGCAAAAUGAAAACUAUGCCAACAAAUACGACGACAUAUCAGCAGAUGAGCAAAAACAAGAGUCCAACGAGCAUGCACAAAACAAAAAUGAGGAAACUACUUGCAUGGGGGACGAGCCAGCACACGGAACAGACCAUCGCACAGAAUCACAGUUAUAUAGCAGAGAAGGUCCACAACAAGAGCCAACAUUUGUUGCGCUAAAUCUCAUAAACGCAUUUAAAGGAUUGUCUGAGAAAUACAAUUAUGAAUUCAGACUCUGUAGAGAAAAAAAAGAAGUGAAAGCUUAA